AUAAAGGGUAUGGUGAACUCGGCAAUCGACUGAACGCUGUCUUGUAAGACUAGGUGAAUACGUCACCAAGCCACUAAAGCUGACUAAUAAGUAACUCUGUGAAAGUUUAGCUGCGUAUGAAAGAAUGACAUUAGUCGGAGCACUCACAGUUUAGUGUUUCACGCGCUCGCCGACAGAGCACAGCAGUUUAAUGUCUUCCCGAGCAGAGAAUAACAGACUAACUGGCUUAACUGACUGACUGACUGACUAACAGACAAACAGUCGGACUGCUUGGCCGACCGACUAUAGUGACUAGCUGACUGUCCGUCUGAAAGUCUGACUGACUGAUCGAUAGACCACACAGACCUGACCGUGACUGACUGACUAACGGACAGCUGAACAGACAGCCGGGCUGACUGAGUGAGUGAUUGACUAACUUACUUUACUGACUGGCUGAUGGAUCAUGAAUGACUGACUAACUGACUAACUGGCUGGGGUGACUGACUGACUGAUGGACUGACUGUCUUUCUAUUCGCCGCUAAAUGAUUGGCUGACGGCCCAAGCGGACCACACUUACAAACUACCUGCCUGACUGACUAGAAUAUUACCCAGACAGAUAAUUAUAUUUGAGUUGUUCUAUUGUGCCCGAUGAUCGUGUAAGUAGAAGUUAUUAAUGUUUUUCUACUUUCCAUCUCAGAGAAGCCAGCAAGUAACCAAUCAUAGACAGGGCGGCAACGCAGCUCUAAUUUGUGUUAAAAUGGCUUCAGUGAUGGGUGUGACAUGGGUUCUUGGAUUUGCGGCAAACCUGAAAGCAUUAUCAUUCCUGUGGUACCCGUAUGUGGUUUUAAACAGCCUUCAAGGGUUGUUCAUUUUCCUGUCUUUCGCUGCUGGUGGAAAGGCUUGGGAUUUAUAUAGAAGUAAAUCAGCUGGUAUUAUGAGACGUUGUACACAGAACAAAGAAGACACUGGAGGAUUAAACCGUAACUGUGACGAACAAGCAGUGAUUUGUCGCGCAAAUGAGGCUCAAGUUACACAGGACACUUACUUGUGAUUAACUAAUGUAAGAGUAAAGUUGAUCCCAGGGUCUCUCGUCUCUUCUUGACCGUCCCCCUAGAGACCUAACUGAGCUUCAGGCCGGGCGAUAGUAAGGCACACGUUAGGAACGAGUUUCACGUAGCAGGACAAUGACAACUGGUAUAUAUGGAAAAACUGAUUCUGAGAUGCUCUCGAAAUACUACUUCACUUCUGUACCGCAGAAGUCUUAGCUUCAAGUCUCAUUGCAUUGAAGCGCUGUAAAAUAGUACUUUUUAAACUCAGAUAGACCCUAUAUGGUCAACUGCAUCCAAGAACAUUACUAUUUAAAUCGUAUUUCAAAGCCUAGUGUUAUCAAAAUUGAUCCACUUUUCUUGAUACAAAAUCUGGUAAGAGGCGCUGUGGCCAAAUUGGUCAUGCGAAUAAAG